AUGCCACCUAAAUCACAAGUUAAAAAGCAUGCAAAGCCUUUAACGCCAUUACAAAGAAAACAAAAAAAGAGAAAGUAUGAAUUAAUCCAUAAGGCUCAAGUCAAGAGUCGAUAUUAUAAAGAGCUAGACAAGGAUGAUGAUGAAAGCACGCCUGACUAUGUGAAAGAGGCAAGCACUAUAUUUAUUUUGUUUAAACGUACGAUUGACAAGGAUGGCAAUGUAGUUGAAUUAGAAAAAGAACAAGAUGAACAAGAAUUUGAUUUAGAUCAAUCUUCAUCAUCAGAGGAAGAGGAAGAAGAAGAACAAGUUCAAAAGAGACAAAAGCCAAACCCAUUCAAAUCACAAAUAGAAGAGCGUGAACGUACAAAACAACAAUUGGUUCAAGACAAACAAGAACGUCAAAAGAGAAUAGCAGAGAGUAAAGAAGGCAAAAAAAAGUAUUAUAAAGAACGAAAAGAACAGCGUGGCAAAAUGCUGGCUAGAACAAAACGAGGCCAGCCUAACAUGGCUGCACAAAUGGAUGUCUUGUUAAAUAAAAUUCAAAAGAAUAUGGACUAA